AUGUUUUCGAAGGAAUAUUUAUACAUACUUUUAUUAUUAAUCUUGCUCCAAAAACUAUUCAAAAACAAAAAAGCAAAAACAUCAAGAGAACUGAAAUUGCAACAAGGAUAUCCUUUAAACUCUCUUCUUAACUUUACCGAGCUAGCUACUAAAUAUGGGUACGCAUCUGAACAGCACACUUUAACCACAGAUGACGGUUACAUUCUGACAAUGUUUAGAAUAACCAGAGGAAAAAAUUGUCAUGGACCAAUAAGAGACCCACCUGUGUUACUCAUGCACGGCUUACUCAUGAGCUCUGAUAGUUGGAUGGAUGCAGGCCCUAAGGCUGGAUUAGCAUACCUCAUAUCUGACUUGUGUUAUGAUUUAUGGGUUCCCAAUAUAAGAGGAAAUUACUACUCAAAGAAGCACAUUAAACUCGAUCCGGAAAAAGAUCACGAAUACUGGGAUUUCUCUACUAUAGAAUUCGCUUACUAUGAUAUACCAGCUUCAAUCGAUUAUGUGCUAAAUUACACUAUGUCGGAAAAGAUCAAUUACGUUGGAUAUUCGCAAGGUGGAAGCACCUUCCUUAUAAUGAAUUCUGAGAGAACGGAAUACCACGACAAAAUUGGAGUGGGUAUUCUUUUACAACCUGGCUCAAGACAAAUUUACACAAGAUCACAGCUAUUAAGACACUUUACAUACGCCUAUCAGAUCAAUUUAACUUAUUUAUAUAAAAUUGGAAUCUAUGAAGCUCUUCCCCUAGGUGGUAUUGUACAAAAGGUUGCUGCAUUCCUAUGCAAGAAUUACAUAAUUGCAGAUACUGUUUGUAGAAAUUUCCUGAGCAUCAUUGACUCCUUCCACCCAGGCUCUGUAGAGACCGAAACAAUACGUGUGCUCAUGGGUCAUUUUCCUGCUGGAACAUCGGUAAAGAAUAUGGCGUGGUACGGUCAAGCUAUGAACGUUGAUGUGUUUCAGAAAUUUGACUAUGGACCGUCCAAGAAUUUGCAAAUGUAUGGCACCGCUGAGCCACCCCCUUUCAACCUCAGCGCUGUAACAGUACCUGUUGUCGUUAUUCAUGGAAGAAAUGAUUUUCUGACUUCACCAGCAGACACAGAUUGGUUGACCAAUCACUUGCCCAAUGUACUCGAGGAUUAUUACGUUGUUGAUCCACUUUGGAAUCACUUUGAUGUAACUUACAGUCAUUUCACUGCUAAAUCCAUUUUACCCAAAAUUAAGGAAUAUUUAGAGAAGUAUAGUCAAAUUAGAGAGAUGUGUUUGGCCAAAACACAAACGAUAAAUAAAUACAAAUAG